AUUAACAUAAAUCAUACCUUAGUCAACUAUUCUUAAUUGCAAUUUUAUAUUAUCCUGUCAAAAAUUCUUUAUUGUCGAUAAAAUGGUAAGUACAAUAACUACUAAAUACAAGUAAAUGACUAAAACGACGAUUGAUGGUUAGUUGUAAGACAUAAAAAUAAUUAAAUUAUAUAAUAAUCAUAUAAUUGCUAUUUAUCAAAUACAAUGAAUGUGCAGUUAACUAUAUAUUCAGAAAAUAGCGUUCAGUACAAACAUUUAAAACAAUACUCACCAUAUUGUUCUGUAACGGGCGAUAUCACUCAUUAUUUCUUUGAGUAAGCAUAAUUAACACAAAUUAUUUAAUUCAGCUAUGUUAGAUAUCGUAAUAGUCUUAUAUUCGGCUAAAUACGUUUAAAAUCGAUUAAUCUACACGCCCAUAGACGGUAUGUAGUAUGUACUAUGUUAUUGAAUAAACUUAAUAACAAUAUGUCAUAAAUAUUAUAAUGAUUAGGCGGCUAUGACGUUCAAUUUCAAUCCAUUAUCUUUUCAAUGGAAAAAAAAAAUAAAAAAGUUGUCCGAGUUAUUCAGCUGAUAAAUACGGACUGACCUAAUGUUACGAUUUUAUGAAUGAUUUUCUAAAAUGGUGACACUGUAUCGUUGAGACCGUGUUGUCUUUCCCUAGUCACAGAAUAAAACAGCUGGUGUCAACGUUUAACACUAUUAACACGCCGAAUUAAUCUUUUUUCUAUGGUGGAGACCAGUGGUUUUAAAACUUUUUGGGUCUACAGCUUUUUUGAUUUUGAAAUCCAAAUUAACGACUUCCUCACGAACGAUGGUAAUGUAAAAAUAAAUAUAAAUAAAUUUACUCUACUAUAUAUUAUUUUACUAUAGACGUGACUCCACUCCCUUGAUACCAAAACACGACGCUUCUGGGAGCCGCAACGCACAGGUUGAAAACCACUGGUAGAGACUCUUUGUUAUCAUUGUUCGAACCUUGGCCCGGUCCGAGGCGAAACGGCGUGCAGGUUCGUAUGUCUCGUUGGUGUAUUACGUAUAUCUUCUGUGUCAUGACUUCAUGAAUGCUCUACUUCGUCGAAGUAAACAAUAAACCAUGAUCAAACUGAUCUGAGCUUGAUUUCCAAGUAAGACGAUCUUCAUUACCCUUGUAGUUUUUAUAUAUUUUUUUCUUUUUAGUUAUUAUUUUCCCCUGUUGGUUAAAAUUAUAUUUGGAAUAAUCACUAUAGCUCAACUUCUGUAGAAUUUAUUAUUUCUUUGGUAAUAGUGACUAAUUAUUGUUAAUUGGUGAAAUUUGUAUCAUUUAUCAUAAUUGCAUGGAUCUAACUAAAUUAUUGGUAUAUCUAACGAACCUUUAGCACGAAUAAUUUCUGUACGUGGUUCGAUUUCAAGUUCAUAAUUUUCCUCAUCCCUUUCCAUAAAGGUAAGACUAGUAAUAUUAACUAAAGCCUUUUCUAAAACUAAUAAUAUAAUGAAGUAAAAUCUUGCAUUCAAUUGUUCAUUCAUUUGUUUUGUUUUCAGUUAUUUUAUAAGUCUUAAAAUGCAUAAAUGUAUACUAUGCUCUAAUUCUACUACAAAAUCUAGUUCAGUUACAUAUCAUACGUAAGUAUUUUGUACUAAUUUUAACUAAUAUUUUUGAGGCAAAUAAAUUUUACUACUCAAUCAAACGAUUGCUCUUUUUUUAAAAUUGAUUAUACUUUAUGCUUGUAUUAUGAAUAUUUCAUACAAAUAUGGAAAUAAGUAGUUUAAAAGUUGUAGCACUUAUACCAUUCAAGAUUGGUAUAGGUACUAACUGUUAAAACAUUUUUUAUUCGGCAAUGAAAUAACAAACCUGAUCUUGCAAGUGAACAUUUUUAAUCUAGUAAUAUAAUUAUAAAUAUAUUAAAAUGAUUAUUUGAAAUUUAGGGAUGAAAUAAAAACAAAACUGUGAUUAAAUAUUUUUUAACUUUUUUAUUCUCCGAUAUAAUACCACAAUUUGUUUACUAUAAUAUACUAUAUAUAUAUUGCGCUCUAGAUUAUCUUUACUCUAAAACCAGUAUAUUACCUAUGUCUAAGUAAUAAAUUGAAAACAGAUUUAUAAUAUGUAAAUGCUUAUUUUUAAAGUCUAAUAAAAAAAUGUUCAUGAUUUUAGUCGUUCUUAUUAAAAUUAAGUCAAUUUUACUUUACAUAUUUCACUAAUUUGUAAAUAUUACGACAUUCAUUACUUAUACAUUUUUUGAACCAUUUCAGUGUACACAAUCUACUGUUUUUCAGUAUGUUUCUAUAUUAUCAGUUGUCAUUCAUCAGUAAUUUGUAUUAAUUAUUAUUUAUAACAUGUUAUUCAAGUAAGAAACUACUCAAAAAUUAAAGUUCUCUAGUAGUAAUACUAUUUAUAUUUUUUAUAAUUAUAUUUAAUGUAUUUCCAUACAUUUAUUUUGAUUAGGUAGAAAUCUAUUCUUUAGUAAGAAAAUUUAGAGGCAUUUUAAUUUGUAUAUAAAUUAUAAUGAUUAUUUUUUUAUAAUACAAAUUAAAUGCAUAAAACAAAAUAAUUUUGAAACAUUUCUUUGUAUUACUUUUAAAAGAAUUAUUAUUUGUAUCUAUAAUUAAUAAUUAUUAAAACUAAUCAAUAUGAAAAAUUUAAUUGUUUUCUUUUCGCAAAUUUUUAUAUUCUAGAUGCUAUUUUCUAGAAUUGAUAAAUUAUUGAUUAAAUCAUCUUAUAAUUUGUUGCGUUUAUACUUUUCUCUAAAUACAUUAAGAAAAAUACUUAUGUCAUGAAUAUAAUGACCCAAAUAUAACGUAUUUUUUUGAGCAUUUAAAAUUAAAUUCAAAAAUCAAAUUUCCAUUUUAACCAUCAACUCUGGUUAAGUUUAGAAUUUAAAAAAAAAAAAAAAAAACAAUAUUUACUAUGAUUAUUGUGAAUGAUUUUUUAUCAAGAUUUGUAUUGAUUUUCUCUUAGUUUUAACCAUUAAUAAUUAAUGACUUAUUCGAGAAAUGAAAAUAUUAAAAAUAAUAAUUUUUAGGACCCAUGGUAAAUACUCUUAUUUAUAAAAUGUAACAUAAGUCAAUUUACUCUAAAUUCAACUGGAGAGUCACAUUUUUGUAAUUAUUAAAUUACUGAUGUUAUAAGAGUAUUACGCGCCAGACAGAUAAAAAAAUAAGACAGAUAUUUGUGAAGAGACCUCUUAAUAGCUUUUAGAUUUAACCUUUGAAUGGUUAUAGUUUAUUUCCACAAAAUAAUUUUAACAUAUUCAGCUAAAAGUACCAACUGUUGAUUAAAAAUUAAAUUUGAUAGAGUAGUAAACUGUAUAAUCCUUAAACGGUCACAUUUUAUUAUAAAUGUUUUUACAUUAAUUAUUUACGUUUAUUUUGUAGAUUUCCUAGAAAUCUUGUAAGAAGAAAUCAGUGGGUUGAACAUCUCAAAGUGGGUAAAUGUUUCGAUUGGCAGCGCAUUUGUAGUGACCAUUUUUUAGAUGAAGACUUCAAACCAGGAGAUAAGCGAUUGCUACGGUCAAAUGCCAUUCCAAAACUUCCAAACAAGUAUGAAAUAAAUGCUAUUUAUUUAAUUUAAUUAUCUAAGUAUAUAUUAGGUAGAGAGAAAUUAUAGUAUUUAGGACCCCUUUUACAAAAAACAAUGCAUUUAAGGAGUAUGUGAAACAUAAAAAAAGUGGUUUGAUGAAGUAGAGAGAGGCAUCAUAUUACAUAAUAAAAUAAUUCCAAUAUGGCUGAAAAGUAAAAUUAAAUAAAGUAAAUUUUUUCUGUAAAUUUGUUUAUUGCGCUUGAAACAAUUGAAUGUAUUGUUCUAUUUUCUUUGAAUUUGGCAUUAAUUUAAAUUGAAGUAAUUAGAAACCACAUAUGUAAUGGUUUUUAUAUAUUAUGAGAUUUAUCCUAUUUAAAUUCCACAUAUUCUUGGUGUGAUAUGCAACACACUUUGAGAGGUGUUUUAUAUCUUAAAUUACUAUUUCCAUUAAUUCAUAAUAUUAAACUCGGUAAAAAGUCCAGUAAUUGUUUUGUUUUACGUCUUAACUGGAAUUAUUAAAUUGGAAUUUGUAAAAAUGUAUCUUCAUUGUUUAUAGUUUUAUUUUUCUAAUAAACUAUUGUUUAAUUCAAUAUAUGAUACAAAAAAAAAAUAUAUAUAUAUAUACUAUAUGUUUAAAUUUACAUAUUUUGGUGAACUGAUUCUUCUAGUGAAAUUUAUGAAAAUAAUGAAUCACCUGAGUCCAGCAAUCUUAUAAAUAAUACAGCAACUAAAUUGGGUUCGCCAAGAAGAUCUUCAAGAAAAAUCAAAAAAUCAAGACAGUUGCUCGAAAAUGAAACAAAUAAAACAGUGAGGAAAUUACCAACAGCUAUUCCUAUAGCACCAAUAGAUUCUAGAACCCGAACUCCAAUAUCUAAUUCAAUUGCAAACCGAAAGGUAUAUAUGUAUUGAAUAAUUAUAUUAUAUUUAUUAACUUAAUUAAUUUUUUCAAUUCAAUUAUUUGGUUAUAAAAUCCAAAGUUAUUUAACAUGUAUUUAAUAUUAAAUAAGGAACAAAAUUUUAAAAUUCAAAAUCUUAAAAUGUUUUUUAUAUAGGUCAUAAAAAAAAUCUUUAUUUCUCUUUUAAAAUUAUAAAUUAUUUUAAAACAAUAAGAAGGAAAAUGAAAAGUAUGCAAUACCCUUAUAAUUAUUCUCUUUAAAUGUAAUUCUUCCAAUUGUAUGUUUAAAAAAUGUCUAUGUUAAAUAUUUAACAUAGACCUAUAAAGAAAUAGACUGAUAAUAGAAAGAUAUAAGUUUCAAUCAUAGGUAUAGUUAUUAGGAAGAAACACGAGAUAGUUAGAUAUUGAGAUAUAAUAAAAGAAAAAAACAAUAUCAUGGAAUUGAAUGGUUAUUAUUUCUUAAUACACAAUUUGGAUUUUGUCAACAUUUAUUUUUUUUUCUCUUGGUCUAAGAAGAAGCUAUUUUAGCUAUAAUGCACAAAAUAUUAUGUUGUAAUUUUUUUUAUAUUUAUACAAGAUGAUUUAUUAAGCAUGCUCGUCCCAUUUUUAGGGGUAAAUUAUGCAUAUAUUCAAAUUCUGAUUUUUGAGAUUUUUAGAUGUAGUUGGACGAUAUUUUUGUAUACUUAAGGUAUAAUUUUCCUGCAGUGUCCAGACUGGUGUUUGCCCUAUUUUCUCUAGAGCAUCAAACUCCAUAGAUUUUAUUAGUUUAUUUUACAAAAUUUAAUCACGACUUUUGUCCCUUUCACACGUAGUACAAUUUAAAACUAAUUUUUUUAACCUUUUUUCAGAAUAGUUUUUUCUUUAUUAAUUAAAUGUUAUUUUUAAUUUUUCAAAGAUGAGAAAAAAGAAAACCAGAGGUUUUUUUGGUGUCCCCUUUUUUCACUGUACUGUCAAAAAUUGUAAGAACUCGUAUCCAUGUUCAAAUGUGAGUUUCUUUAGUUAUCCUGAUAGUUCUCUUCGGGAUGUAUGGGUUGAAAAUUGUGGAACUCAAGAAAUAGUAGAUGCAGCACGGAGCAAAAAAAAAAAACAUUUAAAAGUCUGUGGAAAACAUUUUGAAAAAUCUAUGUUUAUCAAUCCUAAGAAAAAAAACAGACUUAAACAAAAUGCUAUACCAACAUUACAUGUUAACAAAGGUAAGAAAUAUACAAAUUCAUAAUUUAUCUAUUUAAAUAAUUUUUAGUGCAGUUAUACUUGUAUGAAUCGAAAUUGAGAAGACUAUAUAGGAUCAUAGUUAUCCAAGAAUUUUCUGUUACCUGUCUAAAUGUUUUAUUUCAAAACUAUAAAAUAAUAAUAUAAUAAUAAAAAUAAUAUUCUAGUGACUUUGUGUCUAGAUAUUUGUAUUGAUAACACUAAACAAUUUAACUGACCUUUGUAAACUAAACCAGAAAAAAGUUUAAAUUUGGCCAACUUUGGAAAUUUCUUGGUAUGUCUUGAUUACUUAAUGUUACCAUAAUUACAAUAGCCAAUCUGAAUAUUAUAACAAUAUGUCCAUAAGAGGACUAUAGAUAAUAAAGAAAUAGUGGAUAGGCCACUCUUAUAACAAUUGUAAGUAACUGUACCAAUCCCUCUUAAAACACUGGUCAUGUGUGGAUACUCUAUCCAUAUCUUUAUUAUCUAUGAAGAUGGCACACAACAUUUGUAUAAGACUUUAAUAAAAAAAAAUGAAUACAUUAAGUCUAUUUGUGCCUUUUGGUUAAACAUUAUUUCAAAUAAUUGGACUUAAGCAUAUUUUCUAGAAGAAUUUGUAUUUUGAAAAUAGUUUUUGAUAGAGAUUACAGUUGUAAAUAGCACAUGCUAUAUAAACAAUGAUUGGGAAUAUUUUAAAUCUUCUAUGAUAUUACUAGUAAAUAGUACCUUCCUUAUGACCCUGCUCUUAAUGUUAGAAAUCUAUAUACACAGGAAGAAAAAUAACACCAAAGAAAUCACGAACAAAUUAUUAUUUUUAUUCCAUUUUCAUUAUACAAUUAUUAUAAUUUUAAAAAAAAUACAAGUGUUACACUCUAAAAUAAUAUUCUCUUACUACUAUGGUGUUACAAAUUAUAAUAUUUGUUCAAUCAUUUUACUACACCGAAAUGUUUAUCUCAAAAUUUACUCGUAAAUUUGAAGACAGUAUAACAUCGUAUAUAAAAAAAAAAAAAAAAAAAUCACUAAACUUUAUUAUUUAUUUAUCUUAAAUUUUUUAUUCUAUUUUCUAUAAUGCAUGUAAUUUUUACAGUUAUCAAUACUUCUCAAUCAGCAACUUUUGAAAACAAUGAUAUAGAAUGCACUUCAAUAGAAGAGUCAAGUACAACUAAUGAGUAUUUAAUUCAGCCAUCUUUAGAGCUGGAUGAGGUAAAUUUUAUUUACUUUGUAAAACAUGAAUACCUUAAAUUAUCCAAUGUCCUUAUUAUUCCAAAAAGUAAAUGGAAUGUAUAAAUCCUGAACCGUAUUUACUUGGAAUCUAAAACCUAAAAUGUGUAUUUGUCUAGACUGUGUGUCACUGAUAUCUUGAAAGAAAAAUACAGUCUGGUUAAAUACUUAACACUCAAAUAGGAUUUUUUUAAUUUCUGUGCAAAUACAAUUCCGAAUAAAUAUAUUCUGGUGAUAUGCAGUCUAGAGAAAUACAAUUUUUAUUUUAUUGAUUGGAAUUAUACAUUACGGGCAAAUGCAGUCAAAAGAAAUACUUUUCAGAUUGUUAUAGCCCUCCUGGUAUCCAUCUAUUAUUCAAUAAUCUUAUUCUUUUUAAAGUUAAAAAUUAUAAUGCAUUUAGGCACCUUAGUGCAAUAAGCAAAUUAAUAUAUGCAUUUUUUAAUUGUGAGUAUUUAAAAUGGAAUUAUUUUCUUUUUAGAGUACACUCAAUCUUAGAAAUUAAUGGUGACAUAGUUACCUACCCAAGGUUAAUGUAUCAAAUAAUAUGAUUAUCUCUUUAAUUUAAGGAUUGUGUAAAGUGGACAUUAUUUGACAGCCAGAAUUAUUCAUAAUUUAAAAAAAAAAAAAACAGAAAAUAGCAAACAUUUCUUUGGUUGUAUUUUUAGACUUGACUGAGAUUUUUUUUUAAUAUUGUUUUCACACUGGCUUUGUAUUUAACUAUUUGUGUAAAAUUUGUUAAACUGUUUCUUUGUCGAUAUUUAUUAUUCUAUCAUCAUGUGAGUAUUAAAUGGCCCACAUUUCAGUAAUCUUUCAUCUCCUCUUACCCGGCUUUAAAAUUUUUUUAAAAACUCAAAUACAUGACAUGGUGUUCUUUUCGCUUUCAAAGAACUUUCUGUGAGAGAACUUUUAAAUUAACAUACUGUUUUAUUUUUAAAAAUUAGUUAUAAUUCCAGUGGUAAUUUCGUACAAUAGUAUCCACUUUAAAAACUAAGUGAACUAAUUGACCAAAUGAUAAAAAAAAAAAUGUAAUUAUUUGAUGCAUUGACUAAUUUAGUAUUAACUACGCAACUAUUACCCACCAGAAACUUAAUUUCGACACUUAUUAUGUAAAAAAAAAUCCCUUUUAAAAACCACACCUAAUAUACCAAUAACUAAAUUAAAUAUCAAUUUUAAAUCAUAAACUACAACAAUAUAAAAUGUAAACAAAUGCAUCGUAAAAAUAAUGAUAUUAUGUUGAAAGCGAUUUAAAAAGCUAUGUCUUUUCAUACGUGAGGUAACUCACGUUUGAAGGCAGUUUACCAUUUACUAUAAACAGCAUUUUCUCUCAAUUGAUUUUCAAUGGUUUCUUUUUUUAAAUUGAUAAAUGCAAUUUAUUUAUGUUUUAUAUGUUUAGACCAUGACUGAUGAAACAAAUAUGGAUACAAGCACUAAAAUAUUUGAAAUAUGUUGUGUACCAGGAUGCAUCAGUAAUUUUGCAGAGGAAACUAUGAUGCCUGAACUAAUUUUUCUAUUCAGUCCACCAAUUGUAAUUUUUAUUCUUAUAUUAAAUAUGUAUACGUAUAAUAUUUUAAUAUUCUUUGUUAAUUUUAAUUUGUUUUACAGGAAGAUAUAAACAAAUGGAGUUCAGCACUAGGCAUGCCAUUAACUGAAUCUAGUCGUGUAUGUGAGCUUCAUUUUAAACCCCAAGAUUUCCCAGAUACAAAAUCAUUGGCACCUGGUGUUGUACCAUCAGUAAUAAAACCAUGUGAAGAUGGCCUCGACCAUUUAAGUGAUAAUGUCAAAAAGAAAUAUAAAUUACAUAAUUCAAUCGGUAUGGAAAAAAUAUAACAUUUUAAAAUAAUUAUUGUUAGAAUUACUUUAAUAUUUUUCAUAAAUUCAAUUUUGUUUUAGAAGGACCAAAAAAGCUACUAAAAUUUGAGGGUUUGCCCAAAGAUGUAGGCCAUUCAUCAUUCAAAUUAAAUGAAGUGUUAACAAAUACACUUCCAGGAACAAUGAUUAAUAACAGUUCAUCAUAUAUUUCUCAAUCAAGUCCCAUAUAUAAUGAUCAAAAAUCACUAGUUACUUAUACAAAAAUUGAUACUAAUUCAAUUUUAAAACCAUUAUCAGAAACAAGAAGUGAGCCCAUACCAGUACCAAUGCCAAUACCAAUACCUUCAGCUGAUGCGUCAGGAUCAAGAACUGAAAAAAUGUUUUCUCAUAACUCUGUGCCUAUAUCAAAUAUUUCUCAAUCAAAUCUUAUACACGACAAACUUGCAUCAGUAAUUAAUAUAACAGAAGUUGACACUCAUUCCAUUUUAAGACAACCAUCAGAAAGAACAGUUGAACCAAUGCCUUCAACAAUUUCAGCUUAUAAAUCUAGUACAAGAAUUAAAAAAAUGCUUUCUAAUAGUUCUGUGUCUAUUAUAAUGGAAUCAGGCGAUAAACAUGAUAAACAGUUAUUGCCAGUUAAUUCUACUGAAAACAUUUCAAAACAAACAUUAAUUACUGAACCUACUGGUGUACUUUCAAAAGCAUCAAUCAGCAGUUCUACACCUAACAAUUCAAAAUCAAAUUUGAUAAAAAUACUCCCAAAAACAUUUACUAAUGGUUCUGUUUCAAUAACUCUAAAAUCAAAUAUUAACCCAUCAGAAAUUGAUUCAGCUAAUAUUGCAAAAGCAACUUCUUUAACAGAUAAUGUUAUGUCUAAUUCUGUAGAAUCUACUUUAAAAAAUCUUGUGAAUAAUAAUUCUGUAUCUAUUAUAAGAGAACCGAGUUACAAACAAAGAAAACCGGUAUCAACAAUUAAUUCUACUAAUGUAUUCAAAUCCCCUUGUGUUUCAGUACAACCAUUAAAAAAAAAACCUGGACCCACUGAUAAACCAUCAACGUCGACUAAUGAUUCUUCACUAACAAGUGUUAAUAUUUCAGAAAACCUUUCAUUGGGUGAUGAAUUAGCUAAUCCUCCAAAUCCUAUUUUAAAACUAAGUGUUAAUCAAAUUGACAUAUCACAAAAAGAAAUAAAAUUAGAACCAAUGGAUGAUUAUGAAUGUCCUAUAACUUCAGCAGACAAUUUUAUUAUGAUGAAUUCAGGGGCUCCCAUUAGUGUGACUGGUAAUGACAAUAUAGAAAAGUCAACAUUAAUUCGAGAUAUUUCCAAAGCAGUUGUACUUCCUAAUUUGUAUUGGAGAAGUCUUUAUCAUAAAGAACAAAAUAACACUGUUUUUAUUGAGCGAAAUGAGUUGAUGGAACCAGUGAAAAAAAUUUUCUUUAAAAAUAGUUUAGUGCCAAUGAUAUAUAUAAAUAACAAACGAUAUGAGUACAAUGAAACUAUUGAUAAUAAGAUUGCAUUAGAAAAUCUUUUGUCUAAAAUUGACAUGAUUCAAAUAUGUUUAGGCUAUGAUGGAUAUGUUCAUGACCAAUGUAUUGGUUAUUUAGAAAGUACUUCAGUCUCUAAUAGAUCUGAAGUCUGUAAUAGAUGUCACAGUUUAGUAGAAAAAGAUUUUUUUACUAAGUAUGAAGAGGAAAUAACAGAAAAAAUGAAUAUAAUUAAACGAAUUGAAAAAAAUGUAAGUAAACAUUUUAUAAUAGUAUAGUGAAUAUGUUUGUAUUAAAAUAUAAAUUUGUUUAGAUUAUGGAAAGAGAACAUAGAAUAUCAGAAGCCAAAAAACGUUUGCAGUCUACAAGAAAGGACCCUAAAAAUAUCUAUAAACCCAGUAAUACAGUGAUGUGUGAACGAUAAUCCCAUAUUUAUUUAUACAUAUUUUUCAUUAAUAUCAUUAACAGGUACAACUAUGAUUAAUGUCUCAACUAUUUUUUGUUCAUUUUCACUUUUUACAAUACGUGCAAUUAUUUGCUUGCACUUCUAUCAUACUUUUUAAUUUAAUAUAAGGUUCUCAUAUUAUAUAUAUGUAUACAAUUUUUUAAAUUAAAAAAACCCAUAAUAAAUAGUUUAUUUUAAAAUAAUAUAAACUUAUAUUAUUUAUUUAUUUGUAAUAUUAUUUAUAUUUUAAUGUGUUAAUUUUAAUUUAUAUCAAUUUUUACUGACUUUAAAUAAUUAAACUUACAUUUUUUACUUCAAUUGAAAAUAUGUAAAUUUGUUUGGGUGUAAUUAUAUUUUACUUCUGUACAGACACUCUGAGAAAAUUUGAUUAAUUCUUGCAUCACAGGACACCACAAUAAACCUCAGAUUUUACUAAGUAUUUACUAGUAUAUUCCACGAGUCAAUUAUUGCUGUUAUUUAUAUUUGCAUAAUUUAAAGCUCUUUUACUAAAUUUCUAAAAAUUAAAAACAACUACAUUGCUAUUCCCUUAACUAAACUAAAACUAUCACAUUACCAUAUAGGGUAUCUACAAGUAAUUAAAUUUAGUUAGUAACUAUUUACAUUGUUGAAUUUGAAAAUUCAUCUCAAGUUAACUGUAUAGUGUCAUUUCAGAAAAUCAUUAACAUAACAUGUGUGUAAACAACAAUAUAAGGUUGCCAUACGUCUUGGAAAACCAAGUCUGUCACUUUUUAUAAUACUCCACCUUUUUUUAAAUUGUAAAAAAGAUUAAAUGAUUUAAAAGACAUAAUUCAUAGUUCUCUAUUAUUUUUAUUUUCUAUAAAAUAUUUCUAAAUUCUUUUUUUGUAGAUUUUAAGUGCUAUAAGUCCUAAGCCCUGCUUAUUAAUUUCAUGUUUUAUAAUAAUCUUUUUAAAAAUGUUUUUUAAAAAUAAAAUUUGUAUUUUUUUAUAAUAAAUUUAUAAUGUAAUAAAAAAUAAUCACAAUUUCUGCCAUAUUGCUAUAGUAUAUAAAAUGUUUUUUUUUUUUUUUUAAUACAUAGGUAAGAUAUAUGUGUCCAUCAUAUUUUUAAUCUAAUUUUAUUUGUAUCAUGACAACCCUAAACAAUAUAUUUUAUAAUAAUUAAGUAUAAAAAAACAAUUUGUUUAAGAUUACUCAAUACUCAAUAAAAGCUAUGUUGGAAAACCUAUCUGUAUGUAAUAUUUUAGUUAAUUAAAAAAAAAAAAAACUAUUAUUUUUGUAUUAUUGAACACUAUUCCAUUACAAGCUCAGGCUUAAAGGAGUAAAUAAAUUCUUUAAAUAGAG